AUGAAGCUCUCAAUCACCGCCGCCCUUUCCGUGGCUGCUGCCGCCUUGGUUAUGUCUACCGAAGCUGGCCCAAUCAAGAAGAUCCCACUCGCCACAGUCAAGGAGGCAUCUGGACCUCAUCUCACUGACUCGGCCAAAGAGGAAUCUAGAUGGAAGCUCAUUGAACUCAAGGGACCUCAUCUCGUUGAUGACUCUGUCGAGGAGGAUUCUAAAUGGGGCACAAUUAUAUAUGGAUCGAGUCACGGGCCAUUCAAGGGACCUCAUCUCGUUGAUGACUCGGCCAAGGAGGCUAGACACCCCAUCUGGUACAAGGGACCUCAUCUCAUUGAUGACUCAGUCAAGGAGGCUUCUGGGCCUCAUCUCGUUGACUCGGUCAAAGAGGAAUCUAGACGGUUCCCCAUUGAAUUCAAGGGACCUCGUUUCGAUGAUGACUCGGCCAAGGAGGCUAGAUAUGAUUAUGGAGUCAAGCCACUCAAGGGACCUCGUUUCGAUGAUGACUCAGUCAAGGAGGAUAGGCAUAUCAAGGUCCCAAUCGGUCCAAUCAAGAAGGCAUCUGGACCUCAUCUCGCUGACUAG